AUGGCUUCGGCCUUGGAAGAAGCGGUUGCCAAAACCACGAUUCCUAUUGCUCCUGAUUUUGUCAAUACCAAAGCGUUGCGCGUCAUUGACUUGCGCUCGAGCAUAGUUCACGAAGAUAUCGGCAUUCGUGCCAAGAAUAUCCAAAACCAGCCCGUCAGCGAAUAUUUUGUUACCAUCCCCAAACCUGUAGAAGAACGUAUAGCUUCCAUCUCGGCUUUCUUGCGUCAGGAACCAAAGUCCAGUCUAUCCAUCGAACAGGUUGGCUUUGACUCUGAAAGAGGUCAUCAGCUUUACAAAGUGACGUUGCCGGAACCGGUUCAACCCAACGAGGAUAUCCGUAUCGGCAUCAAGGUGGCCUAUACCCACGUUGUAGCUCCGUUGCCAAAAAAGAUGCCUCAGGUGGCCAAACAGCAUUUGACCUACGUGAAUAACAUGUACCUUUACUCGCCCUAUGCCACCGAGGAAACCAAGACCACCUUGCAUCUACCUACGAACAACGUGGUCUCGUUUACCGAAGCGCAAGAUUUAGUCACUCGAGCGGAGAACAAGAUUAUCUACGGUCCCUUCCAAUCCAUUACCCCCUACGCUUAUCAACCUCUCCAAUGUCAUUACGAAUACAGCAAGCCCAUCUUGACCGUGACUGAUUUGGUGCGCGAUGUUUACGUGUCUCACUGGGCCCGCAAUAUGGCCGUCGAAGAAAGCUAUAACUUGCGACAUGACGGUGCUCGCAUUGACGGUGAAUUCAGUCGUAUCAAGUACCAGCAAUCGGCGGUGGUUCACGCUCAGACCAAUGUGUUGAAACGACUUACUUUCAACCUUCCUCCGUUUGCACGCGACGUUUACUACCGAGACGAGAUUGGCAAUGUGUCCACUUCUCAUUUGCGUCAUGAACCUCGCACAACCGUGUUGGAUAUUGCUCCUCGUUAUCCUCUGUUUGGAGGCUGGAAUUAUACAUGGAAUCACGGAUACAAUGUCGAUGCCAGUCAGUUUGUCCACUAUUCCAAGAAGGAAGGUCGUUACAUUCUGAACAUGAAGUUUGUUGAGAAUGCAAAAGAAAUGGCCAUUGACAGAGUCACAUUGAACAUUGUGCUCCCCGAAGGUGCUCGCAAUGUGCAAGUGUAUGCACCAUUCCAUUUGGAUGUGAUUGAGCACGGAAAACAUUUCACCAAUUUCGAUUCCACUGGCCGUUACAAACUUGUCCUCCAGAAAUACAAUGUCGUUCGAGAACAUGAGCAAUUUAUUCAGGUAUUGUUUUUUUGUUUUCACUGGGUAUGA